AUGCCGUCUCGAGUGGGCUUCCGCAACAACCUCGAGCGGGAUGUCUACCAAAUACUAAACAAGCUCGAUACGAACUUUACAACAGUAUCUGCCGCCUACGAUGCUAUAAAACGGUCCAAUUCGAGCAUCGCGAGGCUGAAAAAGCGCCCGCUCGAGGAUGCCAUCGACCGUGUCCUGCAGAUCCGCAAGCAGGAAGCCCAAGACGACGAGUCGGACGAUUCCGAAGCCGCCCUCGACGCUCCCGAACCCGCGAAGCCCCAAGACGAGCGCUUCCUGCUUAACCGCCAGAUGACCAAGCUGUGGAAGACCAACGCCAAGCCGGCCGACACGCCUGGUGACCAGCCGGCGACUAAGAAGCGUCGCCUUCAGUCUGAUGUUGACGGAAAGGAUGAUCGUGCUAGCGGACCCGACACUCCUGCCGGCGAAGUGACCACCCCGGGGCCCAAAGAGGACAAGGCGCCGCUGAAAAAGACACAAAAGCCGACACGGUUCACCGUCGAGCAGGGCGACAGCCGUAGUCCGGUGGGCGGUUUUGACGAUGUGUUGCGGCAACUUUUCAAGCUGACCUGGCACGCACUUCUUCCGUUGGAGAUGUCCCCUGGAUCACGUGUGUCUGGUCUCCUCAUAUCUGGGCCUUCGGGUAUGGGAAAGAAGACGGCCGUCAAGAACUUGGCGUCAGGGCUCGAUGCAGCGCUGGUUGUCCUCGACGGUUGCUUCGACAAUCCCGAGCGCAUGGAGAAGAGUCUUGCGGAAGCGUUUGACACAGCCAUAAGCCUCGCGCCAAGCAUCGUCUUUAUCGACGACAUCGACCAGCAUAUAUCAAGACCUGGCGCGUCGACCCACAGUGACCAUCACAGUCAGGCGAGGAGGUAUCUUGCGGCCCAGAUGAGACGGCUAUCGGGCCUACAGCAGACCCGGGUUCUUGCCGUGGCUACGACUUCCAGGCUCGUGGAUGUUGAUCCUGCUAUACGCGAGUACGGCCUCUUCGAGCAAACGUUCCAGAUCCGGAUACCCGACUGCGCGGCACGGCGCGACAUCCUCGAGAUUUGCACUAGGCACUUGUCGGUGGCAAAUGACGUCGACCUGGCAGCCCUCGCCAACAUUACGCAUGCCUAUGUAGGCGCUGACCUCGCCGCCGUCACCAGGAUUGCAGAGCUGAGGGCGUCAGACCGGCAUCUUUCCCAAAGCAUCCCGUGGCCUGCGUUCUCGCAAAUCCAAGGACGGAGCAACCUUGAACUUGCCAACGGGGACCUUGCACCCUCGGAAAGCGAAACAAAGUUUUAUGUGGACGAAAUGUCGCGAGGCCCGGUCACGGUGACCAUGGAAGACUUCAAGGCGGCCAUCGCCAACUUCACCCCGUCACUGAGGAAAGAGGGAUUCACGGUGAUACCGAGCGUCACCUGGGAUCAAGUCGGUGCCAUGGAGGCGGCUCGCAAACAGCUUCAGACGUCCAUCAUCGGCCCCAUCAAGAACCCCGACCUGUACCGCAAGUUCGGUCUUAGCCGGCCUGCCGGCGUCCUUCUCUGGGGCCCUCCCGGGUGCGGCAAGACACUGGUGGCGCAAGCCGUAGCCAACGAGGCCCAAGCCAGUUUCAUUCUCAUCAACGGUCCAGAGCUGCUCAACAAGUACGUGGGCGAGUCAGAGCGCGCCGUACGAGAGCUCUUUCAGCGAGCGCGCUCUUCGGCGCCCUGCAUCCUCUUCUUUGAUGAGAUGGAUUCUAUAGUUCCCCCACGCAACAACUCGUCCACCGACUCUGGCGCGCGUGUUGUCAACGCCCUGCUCACUGAGCUGGACGGCGCUCAGGACCGCACGGGCAUUUACGUCAUCGGCACGACCAACCGUCCCGAGAUGAUCGACGAAGCUAUGCUUCGGCCCGGCCGCCUGAGUGUGCAACUCCUCGUCGAUCUGCCGACGCCCACGGAACGUGUCGACAUCUUGCGCGCCGUUUAUCGUACGAAUCACGAAGACGCUACGCAGGAAGAGCUCGACGCCCUCGCCGCUGUGGCCCUGGACCCUCGCUGCGCCAACUUUAGCGGCGCCGACCUGUCCGGACUGCACACGAAAGCUGCCGAAAACGCUCUCCAUAGGUGGACCGAAGCGGCCAGCUCCGGCGGGCCGCAGACCAUCGACGCUGCGGACUGGCAGCACGCCCUGGCAAACACGCGCGCGAGCGUCAGGGACCCCAAUUCGUAUAGGCUGCGGGCCGCUUAG